AUGGGGAAAAAUAAGGCCGCCAAACGGAAGCGCAAUGCGCAAGUCAACCUUCCAUCCAAAGUUCCCAAAGCCGAUCAUGUACUCACGCCGCCUUCCGAUGGCCCGACAUUGGAACCAAAACACCUGAGCUCGGUUGUCGCAGAUGAAGACCUCGAAAUCACAAUUGAAACCCUCAAUACGCUUGCACAAUAUCCCAGCUUGACCAAGUCGAAAGCAUGCAAGGACAUUCGAACCGCAGUAUAUGACUUCCGCCAAUCCUGCCUCACAGGCGUCAAUUCCGCGGAGGGCGCAAAUUUGACAGCUCGGAUCACCGGUGCUCUGGCCGAUAAGAAAUACCUCGAUGCCAAGAUUCUUCUCGCUGAGAUGAGAUUGAAGGGAGAAGAGCCAAAGAUAGGCGCAUUGUGUCGAUGGGUGCGUGAUCUGGAUGUCGUGAGUGGUCUGUCGACAAAUCCCGACGCAGUCGACCAUGUCUCUACCAAGCGAAGCUCAGAAGACCUUGAGCUUCUCGCUGUCCUGGAUGCUGUUCUACGAGUCAGUACGCCAAUUGAUAUUAGCCCCAAGGCUGUCUUCUCAACACAACCCAUUGGUUUCCAGUCGAUCUGGGAUCUUCGCCCGUCAUCGCCACCCUUAGAGAUCUACACCUCGGUCCUCGACAAAUCCAUUCUAGAAAGCGCCCCUUUAUCACCCUCCGCCCUCCGCAUCAUCGAAACCACUCCCGGACCCCUCCGAAAACCUCCAAACCACCACCCAGCUAUACUCUAUACUACCGCUCCUAAUGCUGUCCCCCUCGCCCCGGUCGGCCCGCCUAUAACAUACCACCCCCAUCCUGCAGUUCCAGGUCUCGGCAUGGCCAUGAACGUCCUCACCCCGGAGGAAUGCAAGGCCAUCAUUGCAGCAGGCGAAAAGGUCAAUUUCAUCCCCGAUGUCCCGAUGCGUGAAGAUGGAGACAUGAGUGUCCUCGCCCACAACUUUUACUGGAUCAUCGACACCACCUUCCACGAUAUGCUAUGGGCCCGAAUCCACCCAUACGUCCCACAAUCCAUCAACGGCCGUAAAGUAAGGGGUGUUAAUCGCCGGUUCCGUGUAUACCGAUACGUCCCAGGCGCUGAGUAUCGAUGUCAUAUCGAUGGUGCCUGGCCACCGUCUGGCAUCUUACCAGAUGACACUUAUGUCUACGAUUCCUCGCCUGAGGAUCAAAAGCAGAGCUCGAUGUAUACCUUCUUAUUAUAUCUCAAUGAUGAGUUUGAAGGUGGCGAGACGACCUUCUUCAUGCCUGCUCCGCGUGAGGGGACACUGAAUGCAUAUCCUGUGCGGCCAGUUAUGGGUGCUGUUGCUAUCUUCCCACACGGUGAAGCGAACGGCGCCUUGCUGCACGAAGGAACGGGUGUGAGGAAGGGAGCCAAGUAUAUCAUUAGGACUGACGUAGAGUACGACAUUAAACCCGCUGAAGAGUAA